GGACGAUCUUCAGGAAUGGAACGUGCUGCUCCCGUGCCUCCUCGGACGUUUCCAACCCCGAUGCCUCGACCGUGUCCACUGCAAGGGAGCUGUCUUUGGCUGAGCUGUGGUUCCAAGAGAAUGAGCUACUAAGGACGUUUAAAUGAAAGCCUGUGCCAAGGUAGGUAGAUGUUUGGAUGGAGGUGAAAGCUGUUCGAGCCUGUAAAAACCUAGAAAAGGAGAGAGAGUGAGGAAGAGUGAGAGCGAGAGAGAGAGAAAGUGGAGAAGCGGAGAGCCACUGGAACUGAGCAGAACCCGGUAGAGCACUGCGUACGUGGACUAAGUGUCUGUAGCCGUGACAACACCUCCAUAAUAUCGCCUAGUUGAUAAGGAAAACUAUUCAAGGAAGCAUGGUCGUGGACGUGGAAGGGAUUAUCCGGUGCAUCAGGGACGGCGAUGUGAGCGUGGUUCAUACCCAGCUGCAGGAAUUCAACGCAGAGUACGCCCAGUGUUUCUUCUUUGACGCAGAGGAGAGGGACAGGAGGAAAACUCAUGCCGGUCUGGCUGCUCGUCAAAAGCAAAGAAAACUGGAAGAGUUCAAGAAGAAUAAAGUCAGGGACUGCAGUGAUUCCGACUCGGACUGUGAUGACCAGGAAGACCGUGGUCUCCUCCUCAGACAGAGUUUGGCCGUGGUGGUGGUGAGGUUCAUAAGAGCAGGAGUCCCGUGUCAUCUGCUGCCGGUGGCUCUGCGCACCCUGAGGAUCCUCUCCAGAGACAAGAAGGUCCUGGGCCCCCUGGUGACCGACGACGCUCUCCUCACCCUGGCCAAGUUGGCCGGGCUGAGCACGAGCGAGACAAACGACGACGUCGGCGACCCCGACUCGGAUUUCUACGACAACAUCAUCUCUUCUCUCGCCGAGGAGGUCAAAACGGCGGCGUACUGCGGGGACGCCGCUGACGACGAGGACGACCCGAACCAAGAGUGCUCGGCCUUUGAGGACGAUGCCAAAAGUGACAUCUGUGCAGAUCCGGACAGCGUCAGCCGCAGGCCCAGCAUUAACGAAACGCACAGAGGGAGCAUCCAUCACAAGGAGCUGGAGCGAGGGAGGAAGGACCGCCGAGAGAGCAAGAUGGAGGGCGAGGAUGAGGAGGAGGACGGAACGUCGGGAGAGGAGGUGCAGAGGAAGGAGGCUUUAAAGGUGUUGUGUAACGUGGUGUACAACAGCACCUGGGCGCAGGAGAGGUUCAGCGCUCUCAGGCUCAUAGGCGGCCUCCGAGAGCGUCUUUCCUCCAGUUUCAGUUGCUCGGCUCUCUCUAGUGUUCAGUUCUACGAAUUACGACUCACUUUCCUUGUCACUGCGCUGCGACCUGAGCUUAGCACUCAGCUUCAGCAGGAGGCAGGCGUCUCCAUCCUCUCAACCGCCCUGGAGCGCUGCCUGGAGGUUCAGUGGAAGGAGCAGUACGAGUGCGUGCUAGACCCGGCGGCGCCGCCCAUUUCUCUGGAGGCCUCUCAGCGCAUCAUCGAGAUCCUCAAAAUCCUUUUCAACAUCACGCACAGGUCCCACAGGCAGGCGCCUAUGGAGGCUGAUGCAGCUCUUUAUCGCCACCUAGUCGCAAUCCUGCGUCUCUGCAUGAUGCGGAAGUGCGUGAUGCCUGAGGACACUGAUGAACUGCAAGGUCACACAGUCAACCUUUUGUCGGCGCUGCCUCUCCAGUGUCUUGACGUCCUCCUGAUGGUGCCGCUGGAGCCUGACUCGGAGCAGUGCCAUGGCGUCAACAUGGACUGUGUCCACACCCUGCUGCUGUUCAUGGAGAGACGCCUGGAAUCGGGGGAUAAGGUCAAAGAGAAACUGACGCCAAUCCUCAAUCUGCUGACAGAGAGCUGCCGAGCCCACAAACAAACACGCCACUACAUCAGAAAAUAUGUCCUGCCUCCUCUGCGAGACGUUUCCCAAAGGCCGGAGGAAGGCUACACCGUGAAGAGUCGCCUGAUCCGUCUCAUGACUCACCUGGACACGGACCUCAAACACUGUGCUGCUGACCUCAUUUUUGUCCUCUGCAAGGAAAAUGUCCGGCGUUUUGUCAAAUAUACGGGCUAUGGCAAUGCAGCGGGUCUCUUGGCCACAAGGGGCCUUUUGGGCGGCCCGACGUCCAGAACCUCCUGCAGCGAGACCGCCUACUCCAGCGACUCGGACUCGGAUACCGAGGAAUACCGUCGAGUUAAAGACCGAGUCAACCCGGUGACGGGGCGACUGGAAGCGGAACAGCCGGACCCCAUGGAGGGCAUGACAGAGGAGGAGAAGGAGAAGGAGGCCAAGAGGCUCAUCAGGAUCUUCAACAAGCUGUCCAGGGAUAAUAUUAUUCAGCCAAUGGGAGUGGACGCAGACGGGAAGCUGGUCCCGAUGGCAGGACUGCGGGAGAACAGCCUCACAGAAGAGUCGGCGUCAGACAAUGACACAGAUGAACUCGAGAAGAUUCAAUGAUUUACAUUUUUUUUCUCGCAAAUAUCCUUUUAAUGCAGUGGUUCUCAAAGUCGGGCCUGGGGACCCCCAGGGGUCCACGAGCCGUAACUUGGGGGUCCGCCAAUUAAUUUUAAAUGAAUUAUUAUUAAGUAUGAAUUUAAAAAGUGCGUGACUACAUAUGGGGACCGGCACACUAAUGAAAUAAACAUAACCAAAUACUCCUCCCUCCCUUAGCUUUGGGCCAGUUAAAAGCUCCAAUAAAGGGGACGUAUCAUAUCAUAAAUCUUACAUCCCUGCAUGAAUGAAAUUGGGGAGUGUGAUGGACUAAAGACUUAUUAUCAAAUGUAUCAAUUCAUUUUAUUUAUUUAAUUUUUUGUAUUUUUCCAUGAAUAUCUAAAAAUUUUUAUAAAAGUAUCGUUUUCAGAAUAGAAGGCAUAAUGUUACGAGAUUAAAGUGGUAUUUUUGAAAUUCACUUGUUAAAAAUGAGUUUUUUUAGCUCAUUAAAAUUUUAUAUCAUGACUUUAGGUUGGAACAUAUGACUUUAUUCUUAUAAGAUUGUGACUAUUCAGCCCAACAAAAUGUGUCUUUAUUCUUGUAAAAAAAUGUCCCUUUAACAAAUAAUAAUUCUCAUAAUAUUACAACUUUUCCCCCCUAAAAAAAUAUUGUUAUUGUAACAUUUUUUUCCUUUUUGAGGGGUCCCUGGAUCCAAAACAUUUGAGAACCUGUGUUUGAAAGAGUUUUAUUGCUUAAAUAUUUAUGAUAGGUGGGCUGACAACCUAGAAAUGUAGCCACAUGGAUAUUCAGUUUUUUGUCGUUUUCCUCUCCUUUAGAAGAACAACUCUUUGUUAUUUAAUGGACAGUUUUUGGAAAAGCUGCAUACACAAUACGCAGUCUUUUCCCAUAUUUAUUGCGCAAAGGACCAUAUUUUGCAUUGUAAAACUCUCAUACCACCAAACAAAAAUGUCACAAAAAGUGUAUGCAGUAUACUGAAAUCAUGAUCUCAUCUCAAUUGACUCACAAAUGUACUUACUCUGUGUGAAAUCUGGGCCUAUGUAGUUGAAUACAAAGCUAUAUUCUCUUGUAUCCUGGUUAAUUGUCCCUUCUAACAUCUCAUGGAAGAACAUUCAAUUGUUCUGCCUGUCACUGCACUGCUGGCAUAUAUAGCUAAGCAACAGUACAUUAUUUGUAGUAAAUAAAUAAUCAUUUUCUGACCACUUAUGUAUAAUUGGAUGUGUCAUAUAUUACAAUUGGAUGGGAAUCAUUGCACCACUGGAGCAAAAGUAUUGGCUCAUUCGACUUCAAGAAUGGAAAGUAGCAGCUUCCCUUGUAAAUGUUUUCUUUUGUUGGUUUUUUUGGUCCUUUCAUUCAGAAGAUGGUUAGCCAACAUGUUUCCACAGACCGCUGCAUAGAGAAGGAUGCACCGAUGACAUUCUGGUAUUCGCCACCUUUUGUAGAAUGAAAAUUCCAGCUGACACUAAAGCACAGCUUGCUACUUUGUGGUUUUAAGUGCGUCGUCGGACCUUAUUAUAAAGUGUCAUCUAAUUAGUGAGUUAUUGUUGUGCAUUGAAAGUCAUUCAUCAUUUUAUGAAGUCUGAAAUGUGACGUGGUUAUAGUGAUUAAACAAAUGAUGAGAAUAGGA